AUGUCUGCCCCUCUUGCCAACAAAGCCUUCAUUAUCACAGGCGGCGCAGCUGGGAUCGGCCUCUCGACCGUUAAGACGCUUCUCUCUCGAGGCGCGGCUCUCGGCGUCUGCGACAUCCAUGAGGAGAACCUACGCAGUGCCUUCAAUUCACUGAGCGAAUCAGAGAAAUCGCGAGUCUUAUUCCAGAAACUGAACGUCACAGAUCGCACCCAGGUCAAGGACUUUCUUGCAGCCACAAAGAAGCAGUUCCACCAAGUCCACGGUGUCGCUAACAUCGCUGGCGUCACUGGCAAGAGCUUCGGCGUGCAGAAACUAUGGGAUGUACCGAUGGACGAGUAUGACUUUGUAAUGGACGUCAAUGUCCGUGGCAGCUUCAACUUCGUGGCUGAGGCUCUGAGACCCGGGUUUCUGGAGGAAGGAUCGAGCAUCGUGAAUGUUGGCAGUGUUGCAUCGCUACGAGGCUACGACAAGGGCGCCGUCUAUCCCGUCAGCAAACAUGCCGUUAUUGGAUUGACUAAAGGUGCGGCGAAGGAGGGAGGAUCCCGAGAGAUCAGGGUGAAUGCUGUUCUACCUGGACCGAUCCAGACGCAGCUCCUGAGAGAGGCUACGAUCGCGUUCGGUGAGCUCAAACGACCGUCGGCUUACCGACCAUUCGCUCGCGAGGGGAACCCCCAGGAACUGGCCAAUGUAAUUUCGUUCUUGUUGGGCCCGGAGAGCACGUACGUGACUGGGGCGGUAUGGGCUGCAGAUGGAGGGUCCUUGGCUUAA